AUCUCAAAUAGAUUAAUUCCAGUACCACUCGACAUCAACAUCUGACCUUAGAUAAAAUAACGAGAUAAAUCCAUUUUGUUUUCCAUUGCCGCUUACUCUAAUGCUGUAAUAAUAAGCACUUCAAUAAAGCCGGUAGUGUAUUCCAGAAUUUGUAGACGAUUGCACAAACAUGGAGGUCGUGAACGCAUAUAGUAGGCACAAGGUAUAAAGCGUAACAGGCUUACUUCAUGACCAGUUGACGUUGAACAAGCGACCUGUGUAGAUUUGUGAAAAUAAAAAUGAGAGCCGCAACACUCAUUGUUUUUGCCGUGAUGCUGGUGGCGGUAACCUGCCGACCAGACAAGCCUGACCUGAAGCAGUUGAAGGCGGAGGGGGCGCGCAAGAAGGCUUGCAUGCACGACUGCACGUCUGCCAAACUGGACCCAGUCUGCGCUGGCAAACAAGGAGAAAAACCAAAGUCCUUUGGCAGUGAAUGCGUCAUGAAUAACUACAACUGCGAGCAUAAAGAAACUUUGCAGAAAAUAAGCAAGGGCGAGUGUCCCGGGUCCGAUGGAAUUCGUCUUUCUUAAAAGCCUAAGCGAAAGAACAAGCACGAGUUUAAGUAUCUAUUUACUAUCGCAUACUCAAAUUAAUUCAAUAUAAUUAUUAAGAUUGUUUAUGAAUGCUUUAUUUAAUUAACAUCGCAUCAGCGUUUCUGUGAUUAUUUGCUUACGUUUUAAAAAUAUUUUGUCUAA